AUGACGAGAGUGAUGGUGAGGACGGGGAGAGUGAGGAAGAAACAAAUAGAGAGAAUUGUUGAGCAUAGUGACAAUGAAGAUGAUGAUGAUGAAUCGAAUGUGAAUCUGAUGCCAAGAGGGUUCAAUUUCUAUAACAAACAAAUUUUCAAAUUUUCCAAUGAAGGGCACGACGAUGUGCUGUUGAAUCUCAAACUAGGGCUUGAUGAUGAGGAUGAUGAUGAGAAUGAUGGUGAGGAUGACGAAAGUGAGGAGGAGGAAGAGGAAGAAACAGAUAGAGAGAAUGUUGAGCCUCGUGACUAUGAAGAUAGGGUGAUGAAUUGA